AGUUACAAAAAGUUGAUAUUUAAAAAAUACUUAUUGAGACGAAUCUAAUAAGGUCUCACACGACUAUGUUUUUUUGUUAAGUAUAAAUCACAAAUGAAGUCAAAGGAGCAUGUGUGAAUAGUGUUCAAAACUCAACUGUGUCAUGUAAAUAAGAACAGAGGAAGUAUAUGUUACGCAAAAGGUUAAAAAAAAUACGGAUUUUUCAUGAAAUACCCCCGAAUUUUUGCGAAAUUCACCAAAUGCCCCUCAACUUUCAGAAAUUCACCAAAUGCCCCUCAAAAAUGACUUAAUACGCAAACUACCCUUACACGUAACAGCCGUUAAAUCUCCGUUAGCAUAACUUUACUAUUUUUCCCUUAUUCCAUACUUUUAAACAAACUCCCCAAAACUCUCUCACUUUCUCUCUCAUCAGCAACUAUGGCACCAAAGGCUGAGAAGAAGCCCGCCGAGAAGAAGCCCGCGGAGGAGAAGAACGCCUCCGCCGCCGAGAAAGAUUCGGCUGAGAAGAAGCCAAAGGCCGGCAAGAAGAAGGGAGGAGAAGAAGGCCGUCGCCGCCGAGAAAGGCUGCCGAGAAGAAGCCCGCGGAGAAGAAGAAGGCCGCCGCUGGAGACAAGAAGAAGAAGAAGAAGAACAAGAAGAAGAAGAAGAAGAAGAAGAAGAAGAGACACAAGAAGAGCGUUGACUUACAAGAUCUACAUCUUCAAGGAACUAGACGCACAUAAGCAAGAUUCUGUGCAAAUUGAAUCAAAUAGAGGCAACAAUAACAAUCUGCUUGAGUACCUUGAAUAUACUCUCAAGCUAUACAUUCUAAUCAUCUGUUCAAUUGGGAUAGUUUGAUGUUAUUGAAUUUUGAUAAGCAACUGAGACCUCCUGCGUACAGAUGUAUGCUAUCAGGACAUCACUUGUGACUUGGGAGGUUUGGAAAACAGAUUACAUCUAAGUUGUGUUGUUGGAUUAUUGUAAAGAGUACAAAAAUAUCCAUGUAUAUUCAUCCCUUUUUCUCAUCUCAGAGGAUGUUUCUGUUGUAUUUUUGCUGGAAAUACUGCAAUUCAACCACUGUUAA